CUCUCGUAGGUAUCCCAGACUGUUGAGUAGGAUUUUUAUUAAUAGAUUACUAUAAUAUAUAAAACUAGCCAUUAGUCAAAUAUGGGUGAUAUUAGCGAGGCGUCUUUACUGGAUUACAUCUAUUCCUCUGGAGGAAAAAUUAAAAAUUCAGACUUGUUACAAACGUAUAAGCACUUCAUAAGCCAUAACGACUUGCAGCUACGUGCCAAAUACAGGGAGGAAUUCAAACUCACCAUUGACAAGAUUGCUGUGAUGAAAUUAGAGAAUGGGGAGAAAUACCUUGUUCUGAGGAAGAAAUACAAACAGUUAAUGCAGGAACGGCAGAGAGAGCAGCAGACAGAGAGGGAGCUGCAGAAGGAAGCUAUCAUCUCCAGACCCUGUGCCACAGUGCAAUGGGACGGUCCGGGAGGCUCAUCUGACUCCAGAACCCACGGGGAACAGCCAACUGUAAUGUCCCAAAAGCAGCAGGGUCCAGCUGUGGUGCAGGUGACAGAGAAGGGAAAGCAUGCACAGGUGUCCUGGUGUGGUGGACCCACGAUUACAAUCACUGAAGCUGCAGAAUCAAAGCAGUCAGAGGAGGAAGAACAGACAGAUGCCACUCCGUCUCCAUCAGCAGCGGAGGAGACCACAGAGCCCAUUUCUGAGGAGCCCAUGGAACCCACAGAUGGAGAAGACGAGCUGGACAAGGACUCUGGGUCAAAGUCAGAAUCUGAGCAGGAGGAAGAGUGUGUUGGAAGCGUGGGAUCAGCAUCAGUUGCUUUGGAUCCUAUAGAGAAAGAGUGGAUCUACUCUGCGGCCUGUGCCAGACUCUCUCAUCUCACUCAGCUGCUAAAGCAGGAACCUUCGCUGGCCAACAAAAAGGACUUUACAUCAGGGUUUACAGCGCUGCACUGGGCAGCCAAGCAUGGCAGGGAGGACAUGGCCACAGUGGUGGUGAACGCUGGGGCAGACGUGAAUACCAAAGCUCAUGGGGGAUACACUCCAUUACACAUUGCCGCUCUACACGAUCAUCGGCAUAUCAUGGACCUGCUCAUCAACACCUACGGGGCCAAAGAGAACGUACGUGAUUACAGUGGUCACCUGGCCUGCCAUUACCUCAGCAUCAGAGAGUCCCAUGAUGAGGACAGCGAACUACUCCCAGGAUGCUCUGUGAAUCAGGCAGGUGAGCGAAGGAACAAGAAGCUGACGUCAUUGUUCCACUCCAGGAAGAGGUGGGGCUCAGCAGAGGAGCUGGCCCCAGUGCCGGAGGAAAGGACAGUGCCUCACCAACUCAUGAUCCCUGCGUUCAGAACCAGGAAAUUCUCCCGUUAAAACCCUGAUACACACUCACACUCACACACACACACACACAUACACACCACAGCCUGUGACAACACUUCUUACUGGUUGCCUAGCGACCAUAACCCUUACCUUUGGGUAUUCAGGUGGAUUAUGUGUAGUGUAAUUUUUAGUAAUAACAACAUAGCUUGUUUCUGAGAAACCUCUAGGUUUUUUUUUCUCUUAUCGUUUAUGACGGUAACCAUUUGUUAUAGAACCGAAUUGUAAUUUUCAACUAGUUUUUUUUUUUUCUUCGGCCGCAUUUGUUUUUCUUUUUUCCCCCUUUUCCCCCUUGCUUUGUAUAAGCUACUUUGUCUUAGAAUGUUUUAGAAUAGCUUUUUUAUGUUACUGCUUUUCUGAAUUUCAUGAAUGUUUCAUUUGAUAGAAAAUUCCAAGGGGGGGAAAGAGUGAGAGCUGUGUGUGUGUGUGAGA